CGGCACAAGCUUCAAGUGGGCAGCAGUUUACCUCCCCUGCAGCUAUUAGUCCCGUGUCUGUCUGUCGCGCGCUCCUGCUCGAGCUUCAUUACAUUACCGAGGGACUUGGGGAAGUGGAACAAGUCUCCCUACUCACCACAGCGAUGGCGGGCUUGAACAUUUGGAUCUUCUACGGACUGCCGCUGCUUCUUCUCUUGGAAUGCACUGCCUUUAACCUGGACCACGAAAGUGUCCUGCGGAAGAAUGGGGAACCUGGAAGUUUUUUCGGAUUCUCCAUGGCCAUGCACUGGCAACUUCGUCCAUCAGAUAAAAGAAUGCUGCUGGUAGGGGCCCCCAGAGCCGGGCCCCUGAGCAUGCAGAAGGCGAAGGUCCCUGGAGGGCUGUACAACUGUGACUUCACCAACCCCUCCGAGACCUGUGAGAGGGUGAAUUUCGAUAACGAUGAGGACCUUUCCAAGGAGAGCAAAGAGAACCAGUGGAUGGGAGUCACUGUUAACAGCCAGGGACCCGGAGGGAAGAUUGUGACCUGCGCUCACCGUUACCAGACACGCAACAACGUGGGCAAAGAAAUAGAGACCCGCAACAUCAUCGGCCGCUGCUACGUGAUGAGCCAGGACCUGACCAUGAACCCCAAGGACAACGAGGACAACGGCAACUGGCACUUCUGCAACGGCCGCAACUACGGCCACGAGCGCUUUGGCUCCUGCCAGCAGGGGCUCUCCGCCACCUUCGACAAGGAGUACCACUACCUGAUCUUUGGAGCGCCGGGCGCAUACAACUGGAAAGGUGUGGUGCGUCUUGAACAGAAUAACAACACCCUCGUUGAAAUGGGCAUCUACCAGGACGGUCCAUUUGAGACCGGCAACGAGCGGGAGCUGAGGGCCGAUCUGGUACCUGUUCCUCCCACCAGCUAUCUGGGCUUCUCCCUGGACUCCAGCAAGUCCCUGGUGGUGAAGGAAAGGCUGACGGUGGUGGCGGGCGCACCAAGGGCCAAUCACAGCGGGGCGGUGGUGCUGUUGACGAUAGAUAAUGACUCCAGCAUGCGGGAGGAGUUCACCCUGCAGGGGGAAGGCCUGGCCUCCUCCUUUGGCUACGACCUGGCCGUGCUGGACCUCAACCAAGACGGUUGGCACGACAUCGUUGUGGGGGCCCCGCAGUACUUUGAGAAGGACGGGAAGAUCGGGGGCGCGGUCUACGUCUACGUCAACAAGGCCGGGGCAUGGGACACAGUCACCCCCCUCCGGAUCGACGGGCCUCAGGACUCCAUGUUUGGACUGUCUGUGGAGAACCUGGGCGACAUCAAUCAGGACAAUUACCCCGACUUUGCAGUCGGGGCCCCCUACGAUGACGAGGGUGCGGGGGUGGUCUACAUCUACCACGGCUCAGAGGACGGCAUCAGCUCCAACAAGAAGCAUUCCCAGAUGUUGAAAGGCAGGCCGUUAGGUAGCAGGCAUUUUGGCUACUCUCUGGCGGGGAACAUGGACCUGGACCGGAACACCUACCCCGACCUGGCCGUGGGCUCCCUCUCCGACUCGGUGUUUGUCUUCAGGGCCCGCCCAGUUGUUGACAUCAUCAAGAAAAUCACCAUCACCCCCCCCGAGCUGGACCUCACCAAGAAGAACUGUGGCGACAAGAUCUGUCUAACAGUGUCCGGCUGCUUCAGCUACGUCGCCAGCGCAGCGAACUACAAUCCUAAACUGAGUGUGCGCUACAAACUGGUGGUGGAGGAUCAGCGUAAGAAGGCGGGCCUACCCUCCAGGGUGGUCAUCACCCAGGCGUCGUCCUCUGGCAGCAACUUCGAGAUCAGUGGCCUCCUCAAGCUGACCAAGCAGAAUCAGCAGUCCUGUCUGGAAUGGAAACUCACCUUGCAGGACGACAUUCGGGACAAGCUGCGCGGCAUCCCGAUCGAAGUGUUCGUGGACAUCCAGGACAGCGCGCGGCGCCGGAGACAGGCCUCUGGGGCCGAGUUAAAGCCCGUCCUGGACGCCGACAAGCCCAAAAGCAUCCGCUCAGAGGUGAGCUUCCUGAAGGAGGGCUGUGGAGCAGACAACGUGUGCCAGAGUAAAAUGGUGGUAGGGUAUCGCUUCUGCCGAAAGAAACCCAACCAAGACGUCUUUGAACCACUACACCUCGACAGCUCUGGGGUGCCAGUGUUGUCCCUCAGCAACGAGAAGGAGAUUGCCUUGGAGGUCACGGUGACCAACGUCGAGGGCGAUGAUGCCUACGAGGCCUCUAUCAACGCCACCUUCCCCAAAGCCCUGUCCUACUCUUCAUACCGCGUCCUGUCUAAAUACAUCCAGCCGGUGACCUGCAAGGCCAAUAAGGAUGGCUCUAUGGCAGAAUGUGAACUUGGGAACCCCUUCAAACGAGACGCUAAGGUGACCUUCUACAUCAUUCUGAGCACAGCAGGCAUCUCUCUGAACACCACCGAGUUGGAGAUCGAUCUUACACUAGACACGACGAGUGAUCAGAAAGAAAGGAAGCCUAUCAAGGCAAGGGCAAAAGUGGUGAUUGAGCUACUUUUGUCUUUAUCAGGGCAGGCCCAGCCCUCCCAGUUGUACUAUACGGGGAAGGUUGUAGGAGAGAGCGCCAUGAAGACAGAGAGCGACAUCGGCAGUGCUAUCAAAUACAUUUUCAGGAUCAUCAACUUGGGGAAGCCCCUGAAAAACAUCGGCUCUGCCAGCCUGGUGGUCAGAUGGCCCAAGGAGAACGCACACGGGAAGUGGCUGCUGUACCUCAUGGGCAUCAGCUCUGACGGGUUAGACAAGGUCAACUGCUCCCCUGCGGGAGAGAUCAACCCUAAAGGCGUCAAAAAGGAGCCAUCUACCAACCGGAAGCGACGAGCCAUUGGGGACAAAAGCAUAAAAGAAGGUUCCACUUCUCAGCUAACAGACGUUAGGAAAUCUGAGACUUUGUCCUGUGGCAGUGGGGCGUCGUGUGUGGAGUUUCAGUGCCCCCUUCUGGGACUGGACAGUAAUGCAGCCCUCAUGUUCCAUGCUCGUCUGUGGAACGGCACUUUGAUUGAGGAGUACUCCAAGUUGAACUAUCUGGAUAUCAUAGUGAAAGCUUCUCUAAAAGUGGUCAUCGCCGGACAGGAAAUGGCUCUGAAGAACUCAGAAACACAGGUGAAGGUAACGGUGUUCCCGGAGAGGCGUGGGUACCAGACCGGCGGGCUGCCCUGGUGGAUCAUCCUGGUGGCCAUCCUGCUGGGCCUGCUGCUGCUGGCCCUGCUCAUCUUCCUCCUGUGGAAGUGUGGUUUCUUUCGGAAAGACGACAGCCCAGACACAAAGCUCCUGACGGCGGAUGCGUAGAACAAGAGGCACAGAGUGAUAAGCAAGAGAGAGAGAGAGAGAGGUGUGGCUUUUUUAAACGUACCAAACACGAAGACACGGUUCCCAGUUACAACGCCGUGCGGAUCAAGAGGGAGGUGAGGGACGGCAGAGCCGGACAGCAGGACCACUGGGAGAACCUGGAGAAGAAGCCCUGGACCAGGAGCUGGAAGGACAACCAGCAUCACUCCUAACCUCUGGCGCUCGCUCAGACACCAGCUCGCCUCCUGUUGGUUGCUUUUUUUUCCCCUCGUACUGUCCUCUGUCCUGCCUCCACACGUACGGCGAUGCACAUACUGAGAAUGAAAAGAAAAGGGACUUGCUAUGUACUUGAUCUGGGUUUUUUGGAGGCUGAUCUCGAUUGAGGUCACUGAUGUCAAUCACUGGAAUGAUAUACGAUAGGGCUACUCUGCACAACUACGGUCUUUCACAGCCUGGGGAGGGGGGGGGUGCUUGUUUUGUACAUUCUAUACAUUGUGUUGCCGAGUGACAUGUGUGGUUAAAGGUGUUUGUAUAUUUUUCGGAAUGUUUUGCAGAUUUUGUUCUAUUUAUUUUAUUUUACAUUCCAUAGGCCACAAGGGGAAAGCAGGACUCUUUCCAAAUUAAUGACAGAGAUCCCUGAAUGUCCUUUUCUCAAAUGCAGUAGAUUUCAAGUGAUUGCUUUUCAAACAGUAUACCCAUGUUCUCUUAUCCCUUGAUCCGGGCCCACCCUUUAUUUUGUACCAUGGAUACAUUGCAACUACUCAUUGUAAAUUCCCACUCCAAACUUAACAAAUGGGUAUAACCUUUUGUUUCCUGGCUCCAUGAACUGGUGUAAAAAGCUGCCAUUUAUAUAACUUUUUGAAAUAAAUGUUUUAUAAUAA